UUCAGUCUCCGAGCUCCUGAACUCCCUCGCUGCUUAUUGUUCUCAUCGUUCUGUUCUCUCUUCUUUCUUCUCUCUUCUUUCUGUUCUCUGUUCUUAUCGUUUUCUGUUCUCAUUGUUCUGUUCUCUGUUCUCUCUGUUGUCAGUUCUCAUCGUUCUCUGUUCUCUCUGUUUUCUGUUUUCUCUGUUCUCAUCAUUCUCUCUCUUCUCUCUGUUCUCAGUUCUCAUCGUUCUCUGUUCUCUCUGUUAUCUCUCAUCAUCUUCAUCAUGAGGAAGGUUCAGCCGUUCACCAUCGGCACCAAACUCUCCAUUCCCUCCGACCACAAACUCCAUGACCACACACCUGAGCUCCACCUGACCAGACCCUCAGUGACAUCACAGCCACCAUCGUCAUCAUCCUCAGCAGCAUCAGUGCAAGUGGAGGCUGAGCUGAGAGAAGAGGAGAUGAUGAUGAAGAGCACCUGUGAACACCUCUCUGAACAGGAAGUGAAUCUCGCUCUUGAAGUUUCUUUGUUUUACCAACGAGCUGACAUCAUCCUGAGUGACAUCAGCAGGACUCUGAGCCAAUCAGAAGACUCCAGACAACAUUUGAACAAAACGUCUAAAAGCAUUGAUGACAUCACUGCUGACAUCACAGUGUUGGACAGGUGUGCUCAUCGUCUGUCUGAGCUUCAUCCAACACUGACAGCCAGAGUCCGACUCAAACAGGAGGAGGUGAAAACCUGCUGGGCCCUGCUGCUGCAACAGCACAGUUUGAAACAGUCACAUCCUCCUGAAGAUCCCUGCUCACAGUUUGGAUACAGACAGGAAGAACCAGAACCAGAACCACCAGUCGACACCACAUUGAACAAGGUCAGAAAACUGGUACAGACGAAGAGAGAAGAAAGGAAGGAGAAUCCACCACCAGAGUGCAACCAGCAGAGACCAACUGUACCUGGCCGAGUCUCACCUGACAGGUGUGAUGAACCUCCUGAUCGCUGCUCAGGUGUCACUCCACUGGCCAGCAGCAUAAGUAUCUUCCUGAACUUUGACCCUCAGAUGGAAGAAACCCAGAAUCAGGGUCCUGCUGAGAGUCACCUGACUCCACCUCCCUCACACCUGGUGAGCAGGUGUGUUCAGGUGACAGGUGAGAACAGGGAGACUCAUCAGUCAGGUGAUGAACCAUACAUCAGCUCCUCCAGCACCACCUUCCUCCCCAGAGUCAGUACCAUCGUCCUUCCUCCGUCACCCUCCACCUGUUCGGUCUCCACACUGAACCUGCAGCCACUGGAAAACAGGAGGAGGCGACAGAUGGUCAGCAGGAGUAAUGACGAAGAGGAGGAGGAGGUGAAGAUGGAGGAGGAGGAGGAGGAGUGUGGAAAGAUGUUAGGCACCACCCUCAUGUCCAACAGAAGCCCUCCACCUCCCGUCAACACAGAGCUGCUGCUGUACGUCCAGAGCAGCUCAGUUGUUACCGUGGAAACAGAGACUCCUGCAUUAAGACUGGAUGACACAGCAGGAAAUGAUGUCACUCAGGUGACAGGUGAGAGCCUCUGCUGUGUUACUCUGGAGUCCUCCGUGAAUUUAAAACCACCCACAGUCAGUGAAGGUGUCUCAGAUUUCAGGUCCAAAGAGAACAACAGCAGCUCUGACGGUUCUGGUCGACCCCCAGUUCCAGACCAGAACUCAGGGACCAGACGAACUGAGGACCAGGUGAAUCUUCCAGGAGCCCUCACAGAGCGUGAGCUGGCUAGUUGGCUAGGCCUUACGUUAGACUACGAGGACGUCUCUAACCUUAGGCCCAAAGAGGAAACCAGUCGCUCCAUCGCUCUCGCUGCUGUCUCAUCUAGUCUAUGUCAAACUGAAGACCAGAACCAACAGGCUCACCCCUCAUCCAGAACCACCAGGAAGACCUUCACUGAUUCUGUGACUGAAGGAUCUUCCUCUGUUCUGCAUCCAGAAGAAGAAGGAUCUGUGCCGAGGUUUGACCCAGUUCAUCCCAGCAGCUCUGUCCUAGGUGGUCUAGACCAAACCCAGGACCAGAACCAGCCGGUCAGCUUUUCAUCCAGUGCUGUCAGAAAGACCACCAAGAAUUCAGAGACCAUAGAACAUCAGGUGAGAUUGGCAGUUGUCUCCUCUGAGGCUUCCUCUGGAGGGUUGGUACUGAGUCUGGACCUGCCCACAGGUGGAGAGUGCACCAUCUUAUCUGACCCACAUCCAACUCAAGACCAGAGCCAACCAGAAGACCUCUCAUCCAUCAGAGAGAUCUCCGUUCAGGGUGAGAGAUCUGAAAACCAGGUGAAACCUCCAGGUAUGUCCUCAGAGUCUCCAGAGGAGGCGGUUCAUGGAGACCUGUCAACCAGCAGGUCCACAAUCAUCCAGGACCACCAUGAAGACAAAACCAGACUCAUGAUGCAGGAAGGUACCUUCAUCCAAAACACGGACCCUCAUCCGUCCACCGUCCAACUGGUCCACCAAGGCCACCACUGUUUCAGUGUUCACACCAAGACCUGUGACCUCAGAGAUCACAUUUAUCAACCAGUCAGAGGCCACGCUGUCUUCUCCGUCCAGAAAGUGGAUGAGCAAUCAGCCUUCGUGUCUUCGGGUCCUGGUCUGAGGUGGUCUGGUCGGGUGGUGGACUGUCUCGCUGACAGCUGCUGUAUCUGUUCCUCUGGUUUAAAGCCCAGACAGGAAACAGAGUCCAGUCGCUGGCUGUUUGAUGAGGUGGAGGAUGAGCUGGAGAUCAUCUGGACCCAGUCAGAACCCUGAAAGAACUCCAGACUCCUGCAGACUCGGACAGGAUAUUUGGAUUCAUCCCUCUUCUGUUCUGGUGCCACAAGAUUUUAACAACAUCAAGGUUCUUAACUUCACACUUUAAAUGAAUGAUGACUUUUCUCAUUUUUUGUGUCUUUCUCCUGUUUGAGUCAAACAUUUUAUGAACUGGUUUUGAUCAAAUUUACAAAAUGAAAUAAAUAAAAUCAAGAUCAAAUAUUAUUAUUGUGAUGAUUCAGAGAUUAAAGCAGACAGAUUUAUUAUAUGUAUAGUUUUAUUGAUUAGAAAAUUACUUCAUGAAUGUAUUGCUGACUGGUUAAAUGAACGAAUGAAUGGAUGAACACAUGAUUUCACAGAUUAUUAAAGAUGCUGUGAUUUUGUUUGAUUUUUUGAUUUGUUCCAACCUUCUAACAAAGCACCUGAACACAGCACGAGACGAUAAAACCUGAAUAAAAUAUGAUCAAAUGCCUGUAAAUCAAA